AUGUCAUUCCACCUUUCCUACGGCUCUAUUGGUUUCGCCCUUGUUAACAGUGAGGUUGUUGUUGUCCAAGCUGCUCGUCCACACGGCGAAGAAGAAAAAUAUUUUGACGUCUACAUGUUCGUUAACGACUCCAAAGCCCUCACGCACUUCCGUGCAACCGACUCUCCCUGCGCACGCAUCUCCUCCUCCGACAUCAUAGCCGUCAUUCCCGAGUCUGCCGGUGUCGACACCACGGUCGCCCGCUACGAGUUUGAGCUCCCUCAGAGCCAACUAGCCCACUUCACGAAACACUGCGACGCACACCGGAAACAUGACGUUGUCCGUGGCAAGGCUGUCAGGAGCUCAAGGCCAGCUUGGUUGAACCGUUUGGCGAGGCUGCGAUGAAUGCUUGGAGGCCACGCUUCUGCUGCACACUAGGCUCUUCUUUGAUAGUGAGCGUGGAGUGUUGGCAGGGGCCACUGGGGGUUGGGCCUUCACGACGACGAGCGGUGGAAUACGAUAACGACUGGCCACGAUGUCACGAUGACAUGAUGACACAAACUGUAUCAAUUUCUGCCUUUUUAUCCCCUUUUAUAGUUUUCCAUCAACGCCUGCGGCGACUGUAUCCAUAGAAUCUCUCAUCUCUCAUCUUUAGCAAUUAUGUCCCCUCAUUACUUCAUCGUUUCUUCCAUUGUAGCAUAUCAUCUGGUUUCUUGUCAUACUCACACUCUACGAGUUGCAUCCUCUUGUAUCAAUAUCACCCCGGCUGUGCCCCAUGCGUUCCUUACACACGAUACCCCCG